GCUAAAAAUAGAAAAAUUACGGAUCUGAAAUGAAUAUUAUAGAAUUUUCCAGAUGGAAUUUUAACAGGAAAAAAGAUCAUCUCUUUUCGUUUAAAACUGGAUAUUUACAUACUUCCGUUUCAGUCCGUUGCCCCAGAUCUGAUGUACGAUUGUUUUAUUGGCGUCCAUGAGUAUCCUAAGAAUUGAUUUAAUCGAAAAAGUCGUUUAAAUCAUAUUUACGUAAUUACGUUGAAAAAAAAACUUGUGGAUGACUUUGUAUUCUCUCGCCACAUGCCGCGAUCUGAGACGACCAAUGAAUAGGAUUUUCCGUACUCGCGCAGUCGCAACUGGCCCGCCUCAACGAGUGUGGAAUCAUGUGGAGAAGUGGAAGCAUAGCUGGCGAUUGUUGAGAUUUUUAUUGAGAUUAAUUUCUUCAUUUACCGGAUCAACUCUGGGUCCCAACUUUCGAUUCGAACGAAAGAUACAGUGCGUGAUAAUUUGAAAGGAUAAUGUCUGAUACUGCUGGAAAGGUUAUUAAAUGCAAGGCUGCUGUAGCCUGGAGGCAAAAGGUGCCUUUAUCUUUGGAAGAAGUUGAGGUAGCACCACCCAAAGCACAUGAAGUCCGAAUCAAAGUGGUAGCUGUGGCACUAUGUCACACAGACUCUUAUACUCUGGAUGGUUUGGAUCCAGAAGGAAUAUUUCCUUGCAUACUUGGCCACGAAGGCAGUGGUAUUGUGGAGAGUGUCGGAGAGGGUGUCACUGAAUUUCAGCCUGGCGAUCAUGUUGUACCACUUUACAUUCCUCAAUGCGGGGAUUGUAAAUUCUGCAAAUCACCGAAAACGAAUUUAUGCAGCAAAAUCCGCGAAACUCAGGGUAAAGGUUUAAUGCCUGACGGGACGUCUCGUUUUACAUGUAAGGGACAAACACUCGCUCACUUUAUGGGUUGCUCCACCUUUUCUGAAUAUACAGUGGUUGCUGACAUUUCUCUCGCAAAGAUUGAUCCUAAAGCACCUAUGGACAAGGUAUGCUUGCUGGGUUGUGGAAUAUCUACUGGCUAUGGCGCAGCUUUGAAUACUGCCAAAGUAGAACCAGGAAGCACUUGUGCUAUAUGGGGUUUAGGAGCUGUUGGUCUUGCUGCAGCUUUCGGUUGUAAAAAAUCCGGUGCAGCUCGUAUUAUUGGAAUAGAUACCAAUCCUGCCAAAUUUGAGAAAGCUAAAACUUUUGGAUGCACAGAAUUUGUUAAUCCCAAGGAUUAUGAUAAACCUAUUCAGCAGAUAUUAAUCGAGAUGACUGAUGGUGGAUUAGAUUAUACUUUCGAAUGCGUUGGAAAUGUAAAUACUAUGAGGGCUGCAUUAGAAUCCUGUCACAAAGGAUGGGGUACAUCCAUAAUCAUAGGAGUGGCAGCAGCUGGCCAGGAGAUCAGUACUAGACCAUUCCAAUUGGUCACAGGACGAGUAUGGAAAGGAACCGCAUUUGGCGGAUGGAAAUCAAAGCAAAGCGUGCCGAAACUAGUGGAGCAGUAUCUGUCGAAAGAAUUGAUUCUCGAUGAAUUUAUUACGCAUAAUCUUCCAUUCGAAAAAAUCAACGAAGGCUUUGAUGUGCUUCACUCAGGGGAUUGUUUGAGAGCCGUUCUUAAAUAUUAAAGACAUCAGCUUCUAUUUUGUACUGCAAAGAUAUGACCUACUGAGAACCAAUGUCUUCCACAAUUCAUCAAAAACAAUGCAUAACAAUAUGUGCACAUAUGAAUACAUAUUCUUCAUAUUGAUGCGAUAUUCACUUCUUUGCUUGUUAUCAAUUUGUAUUGAAUGUCUGGAAACAAAAAACGGUAAAUAAAUUUUAAAUUUGCUACAUCA